AUAAAAGCAGCAGAAAUAGAGGUGGCACGUGCCCGUCUACCCCGUUGCGAUAACGUAGUCUAUGGAGACCAUAAUGGGGAAAGACAGUAAAGUGGUCUGUGGGGGGUUUCAAACAGUCCCUCUCUCAGAGUCCCGGUCGGACUUCCCCGGUCAGCCGUACUCCGUGUCCGUCCUUAAAGCCGGAUACUGUCUCCUCCAGGCCGACGGGACGAUCCGGGCUGAUGGGACCAUCACCCUCAUAACGGGACCCAGGACUAUCCUGGUGGAUACCGGCGGGCCGUGGGACCGGGACUUCCUCCUGGAGACGCUGAAGGAGAGGGGUCUGGGACCGGGGGACAUUGACGUGGUCGUGGGGACUCACGGACACUCGGACCACAUUGGGAAUCUGAGUCUUUUCCCAACAGCGGUGAUGAUUGUCGGAUAUGACGUCAGUGAAGGGGACGCGUACCGUCCCAACAAACUGGCAGAAGGGCACGCGUACCGUAUUGACGAGCAUGUGUCCGUCGUUCCCAGUCCGGGCCACACGGGACAACAUGUCAGCGUCCAGGUAACGGGAACCUCAGAGGGCACAGUGCUCGUUGCCGGGGACUUGUUUGAGUGCUGCUCUGACGAGGACAGCUGGCGGGAUGUGAGCAUGGACACUGCAGUGCAGGAGGUGAGCCGCCUGGAGGCGCUCCGCACCGCUGAUGUCAUCAUACCGGGACAUGGACUCCCUUUCAGAGUCCUCAGGAACUCAUGAACCCUUUAAAAUAUAUAUAUUAAUAUUACAAUACAUUGUACAGAGAAAUCUAUAUAUUUUUAUUUGAUCACUUAAAAAGUGAGCAUUUAAAAAUCUGUUUAUACGUGAAACAACAAUAACGAAGCAAACAAAGGGAAACACAAAUAAAGACAAUAUGCAUG